UUUAUGUCCGAAAUUCUUCCUGUUUUCAGCUUAUCAAGCUCGGAAUAAUGCAUUCACCCACCGAGUGCGUACUACUACCUCCAAUAACAACAGGUAGAUAAACACAGGAGGCGACAUGUUUGUUUACAAUAGCGAUUUUCUACACGGUUUCUCGGCUGACGGUCUGUAAGAUUCAGUGUUGAGAUUAUGUAACAGCACUAACAGACAGACAGUGUAACGCUUUGGACUUGAGGCUCUGUGUUUCUAGUGACUGCAGAAGAUCAUGUUUAUGGUCCCCUGAUGUCAUGUCUUCCAAGAGUACGUUUUUGUUGGGCGUCACGACGCACAAGCUCAGAGAAGGCAUUACAUUCCACGAGAAUGAGCAUACGGUGAAGACAGUGGUCAGCGGCCACGCCAAACCUUUGCUCCUGCUGUUACCAUGGCUUGGCUCGAGACCUCGGGCUCAUAACAAGUACUGUGAGAUUUAUCUAAGAGCAGGCUUUGAUAUACUGGUGGUGGAGAGCAAAGUGACAGAGUUCCUGUGGCCUCGCUGGGGCCUGGAGCAUGGUGCCCAAGUGCUGCAACUUUUGGAAAGUGAGCGCUUCUCACAGCGUCCUCUGCUGGUCCAUGCCUUCUCCAUCGGUGGAUACACGUUCGCCCAGGUGCUCAUUAACAUGUCCAAGGACGCCCAGCGUUACCAGGGCUUAAAAAACAGGUUCAGAGGGCAGAUCUACGACAGUCUGGUCAUAGGCUCGCUGGAGCGUAUGGCAGUUGGUGUGAGUAAGACCUUGUUUCCUCGUUUCGAGAGUCUGGUGAAGCGUGGCAGCCUGCUCUAUUUCCACAUUUUUAAACGUCAAACAGUGGACUACUUCAAUAGAGGUAUCGAUAUGUUCUGGGACACACCUCUGACCGCUUCAGCACUGUUUUUCUUUUGUGAGAACGAUGCCCUGUGUGACCCGGAGGUCAUGGAGCAAAUGAUCAAUCAUUGGAGAAAGCGAGGCAUUACUGUGACCAGCAGGAAAUGGAAGGAGUCAAUCCACGCCGGGCAUCUGCGUGCCCAUCGUCAGGAGUACCUGUCUCUUCUGGAGAACUUUCUCUUCUCUCUUAAUAUGGUGCCCUUGAAGGCCAAAAUGUAACUUGAUAUUGUGGCUUAUAUUCAAAUGUAAAAUGAUUUUAUGUAACUCUGUACAGUCGGGCCAUGACAUUUGAUUUCACCAGCUCACAACACCCCCGUCCUGCCAUUAACAGGAUGUUUUUUAAUCAAAACAACCCUCCAGUUUUCAUGCUGUUUUUUGGAUUGUCAUAUUAAAAAAAGAUAUGGGCAAAAAAAUUUAUAACACUUGAAGGUGGUUUAUUUAAUGCACUGUUUAAUACUUGUAUGAUUUAUGGUUCAAAAUGAAAAUAAACCCAGCUUGAUUUAUUAAGCUAGGGAGUUUAAGACAUACACUUUUUAUGACCAUCCUAACACAUUUAUAGUUAACAUUAUUGGUUUUGGCAUUGGCAAUGACAAGGUGGGUACAAGUGAACCUAAUUUUUAAUUAAUCGGCUUGGUUGGACUUUUUUGUUUCAAACAUUAAUCCUUUCCUGGCAGUGUUUAGCACAUUUAAUGUGUGCAAUAAAUAAUAAACAGGACUGGAGGCAUGUUACCUAAUUAAAAAGAACAUUUGAUUUAAAUAACAGGAACUGGACUAUUUACAAGAAGUUCCAGACUGCUGCAAGUCUCACUGGUAUGAGCCGCUAUGCAGCCAGAACCUGAAACCCCUUCGGAUUGCCCACACUUGGACAAAGCCAAUCAUGUCUGUGUAAGCACCUUGUCGGGCAAAACCAGUGCAGAGAUUCAAACUGGAGGACUAGAGAUCUCGGCAUCGGUGAGCUUUUGUGAUAGAUUGUUGCCCCACAAUUUGAAUCAUUGUAAAAUUGUGGAAUCAAGAGCAAAUCAAAUGUACAGCAGUGCAAACUCAAUAGACAAACCUUGGCAUCAGAAACACCCAGCUAUUUAAAACAUGAAACUAUUGUAACAUGCCAUCUCUUAUCCUACACCAGUUCAUCAAAAUCUGCCCAACUAAAGCUGUGCAGUUGUUAAUGGGUAGUACGUUAUUAAUGAAAUGAAUAUUGUUUUAAUAGUUUAGGGAAGUUUCUUACUGUUACAGUAGUACCUAACGUUCAUUAAGGUAUUAAGAAGAGUUUGAUGUGGAAGAACUUGACCUAUUUGCUAAAAAUGCUGAUUUAAACCCGGUCUAACAGGUUUGGGAUGAGUUGGAAAGUUGCAUAUCAUUAUUGUCCAGUAUUGCUGUCUAAUCUUACAAAUAAACUUGGAUCAAUUGAACCGA